AUGUAUGGUUAUAAUCCUUAUCGCAAUCCAGCUGUAAUGAAUGAGUUAUUAUCGGACUUAUGGAUUGAACAGAACGUUCCUGGUGGAUUAAACAGUCCUCUUGGAAAAGCAUUAGAUAAUAUGAUGGGAGGUAAUCCAAAUCCAACAUACGGUCAAAGGUAUGGAAAUACAUUUGGUUAUGGAUAUAGAAGUUAUCGUCCAGUGUAUGGGUAUCGAUAUCUGAUGUAA